AUGUCAUCAAAAUAUUCAAAUGAUGUUGAAUAUGAUUAUUUAUUUAAAAUAUUAAUUAUUGGUGAUAGUGGAGUUGGAAAAACAGCAAUUUUACAACGAUUUACUCACAAUUAUUUUUCGAAUGAAUAUUUAGCUACUAUAGGUGUUGAUUUUCAACUUCGAACAAUUAAUGUUGAUACAAAACGUUGUAAAUUACAAGUAUGGGAUACAGCUGGUCAAGAUCGUUUUAAAUGUGUUGUAUCAACAUUUUAUCGUGGUGCACAUGGUGUUAUAAUUUGUUUUGAUAUAACAGAUAUUCAAAGUUUUCAUCAUGUUGAUAAUUGGCUUGAAGAAAUAAAAAAAUAUUGUAUAAAUCAAACACCUGUUUAUCUUGUUGGUACAAAAUCUGAUUUACAAUCAAAACGUGUAGUUUCUUAUUCAACAAUAAAAACAUAUAGUGAUUCAAAAAAUUUAUCUUAUAUUGAAACAAGUUCAAAAACAAAUGAAAAUAUUGAAAAUUGUUUUAUUGAUUUUGCACGAACAUUAGUUACACAUAAUGAUUAUAUGGAAAUAAAUCAAAAAACUAAACAAAUAGAACAACCAAAAAUUGAUAUACGUGAUAAAACAAACCCGGUUACAUCUGGUAGAUGUUCAGGAGAAAAUAAAUGUACCAUUUAA